CCGCUGCUCUGAGAAUUUCUUGUGGGCAGCUCCGACAUUGUAACCGGCUCUGCAACCGAAGAGAUGGUCGUCCUCCUUUGCUUAUGCGUCUUGCUGUGGGAAGAGGCUCACGGAUGGGGAUUCAAGGAUGGAAUCUUUCAUAACUCCAUAUGGCUUGAACAAGCAGCGGGCGUAUACCACAGAGAAGCUCGGGCUGGCAGAUACAAGCUCACCUACGCCGAAGCCAAGGCCGUUUGUGAAUUUGAAGGUGGUCGUCUCGCAACCUACAAGCAGCUAGAGGCAGCCAGAAAAAUUGGAUUCCAUGUCUGUGCUGCUGGAUGGAUGGCCAAGGGUAGAGUCGGAUACCCCAUUGUGAAACCUGGGCCCAACUGUGGAUUUGGGAAAACGGGUAUCAUUGAUUAUGGAGUCCGGCUCAACAGGAGUGAGCGGUGGGAUGCCUAUUGCUACAACCCACAUGCAAAGGAGUGUGGUGGUGUCUUCACAGAUCCGAAGCGAAUUUUUAAAUCCCCGGGCUUCCCAAAUGAGUACGAUGACAACCAGGUCUGCUACUGGCACAUUCGGCUCAAGUACGGUCAGCGAAUUCACCUGAGCUUUUUGGACUUUGACCUUGAACAUGAUCCAGGCUGCUUGGCUGACUAUGUAGAAAUCUAUGACAGUUAUGAUGACGUCCACGGCUUUGUAGGAAGAUACUGUGGUGAUGAACUUCCAGAAGACAUCAUUAGCACAGGAAAUGUCAUGACCUUGAAGUUUCUGAGUGAUGCAUCCGUCACAGCUGGAGGCUUCCAGAUUAAAUACGUCACAGUGGAUCCUGCAUCUAAAUCCAGUCAAGCCAAAAAUACAAGUACUCCUGGAAAUAAGAAGUUCUUACCUGGAAGGUUUAGCCAUCUAUAAAAAAAUUCUUAAAAAAAUGUUCAAAACAUCCAGUACAAUAUUUAUAUUUGUUUUUGUUGUUUUUUGUUUUGGUUUUUCGAGACAAGGUUUCUCUGUAUAACCUUGGCAGUCCUGGAACUCACUUUGAAGACCAGGCUGGCCUCGAACUCAGAAAUCCGCCUGCCUCUGCCUACCAAGUGCUGGGAUUAAAGGCGUCCACCACCACCUCCCGGCUUCAAUAUUUAUAUCUGUAGCUCUUGGACCUCGUUUGUUCUCUUUUGUAUUUUUAUUAUUAACAUGUAUUUAUUAUUUUUCCAAAUGUGAAAGCCAUAUGUAAUUAUGGGGAAAGUUGACAAAUACAGAGAACUUCAAAUGAGUUUUUUUUAAAUAAAAUCUCAUAAUUGUACUACACAGAAAUAACUAAUGUUAAAGUUUUUUGAUGUUUGUCUUUCAUUCAUUUUUCUACUUGUAGUAUAUGUACAUAUGUAACUAUGAUUUGCGUUUGAAUUUUGGCAUUCUGCCUUAUGUAUAGUUUUGUAACCUGAUAUUUUUAACCUUGACAUUGUAUAGCUCAAGCACUUCCCAAGAUCUCUGAGUUUUCUACAAAAUGGGACUUUGAGUAGUUGUAAAUAUGAUUGUUCCCUGCUUUAUUUAAGCUAAAUUUAUAUUAGGAUUUAAGAUUGUUUUCAUAAAUAUUGCUGUAAUAAAUACUCUUGGA